UGGUAUGCUCGGUGAAGCAUCCGAACCGAUUACCGAGCAACCGAAUACCGAUAGCCUGUAUUCUGUAACUGCCAAAGUGCGAGCGCCGAGAUACAACGCUCGUUUUCCGGCGUCCUGUCCGGGUUGCCUAGCAUAAGUGCAUGAUUAUUUUGACUAAAUUGACUGGUCUGCAACACUUGGCAGGAUAACUUUUUGUAAACACUCUAUUUUGCAGUGUUCCGAGCGCCCGCCGCGCUUUUUAAAGGACGGUGGUCACGGUACGUCUUCUAUUAUAUCAACGACUUAUCGUUUCGUCUGUUAUCCGUUUGGCGACGGUGAAGUCAUAGUACCGUGGCUGUGAAUCGGAAUUAGCUGCAGGGAAAUCAAGAGAUUUUUUUUUCUUCUUCAUCGUCGUCGUCAGAGCAAUCGAGUCGCCGAAUGUAGUGUGUCGAACAGGGAACUUCAGGAAAACUGCACAAAUAUUUAUCUUCUAUCUAUGGCGCCAACUACUAGAAGAAGUAAUGGUGUGGCACGUAGGCCAACAGCUCGUCAACCCAUACCCAAAAAUGUGUUGGUAGAGUUAAGCCCCAGUCACAACAAAGCGUGUAUGUUUUGUGGUCAGAAAGAGAUCAGCGAAAAGUUAUAUGGGCUUCUCUAUCAGCUCAAUGAUGUUAUUUGUCAUUACUUUUGUAUUUUAUUAUCAUCGAGGGCCAUUCAAAAUGGAGCUGACAGAGAGGGCAUUUGGGGAUUUUUAUUAAAAGAUAUUAAGGCUGAACUAACCCGAGGAUCUAAAGAAACUUGUGUCUAUUGCAAGAAAAAGGGUGCAACAAUAUCAUGUUGUGGAGUAAAAUGUCGAAAAAUUUUUCAUCUUCCUUGUGGAUUGAGAAAUGGAUCUAUGCAUCAAUAUUUUCAGUCAUUUAAAUCAUUUUGCCAACAGCAUCGUAUAACGCAAACCAUAGAUUUAGCAGAAUUACAAAACUCUGCUCCUGUACAAUGUGCUAUAUGUAAAGAUGAUGUUAUACCGUCUCCAUUACCAACUUCUAUUUGGGCACCGUGUUGCAAGCGUAACGCUUGGUUUCACCGAGGAUGUAUUCAAGAUCUGGCAUUAAGUGCAGGCUACUUUUUUAAAUGCCCAUUAUGCAAUAAUGUUGAAAAUUUCAAGUGCAGGAUGCUCACCCUUGGAAUAUAUAUACCAUCACGUUACCUGAAAAAAUUAAAUCACAGGGACGCCUCUUGGGAAACUGUGCCUAACGCUUUUGCAGAGCUCUUAGAAAGACAUAGUUCGUGCAAUGCUCCAACCUGCCUAUGUCCUCAUCCAGAUAAGCGAACUUUUCAACAAGAGUCUGGUUCUUGGGAGAUAAUACUCUGCCAUACAUGUGGUUCAAAUGGAACCCAUAGAUUGUGCAGUUCCAUCAAAUGUGAUCAACGCUGGUACUGUACAGCUUGCCAAGCUGUUGCAGAUGAUACAUCAAGAAUGAAGAAAAAACGAUUAGAGCUACCUAUUGAUGGAAAUUGUAGUGGUAUAUCAGUUAUGUUUGGAGAUGGAGUGUUGUCUCAAGAUAGACAAGUGUCUCAAAGGCUUAAUAAUACUGGAAUUAUACGUAAUGUUGUUCCUCGGCCGCAAUCAAAUGAACCCAUAGUUAUUUCUGAUGAUGACAGCAGUGAUGACUUGGAGAUGGUAUCCUAUAUCAAUCCACCAAAACCACCAACACAAAUGCAAACUCCUCAAAUCCGAUUGCCAAUUAUAGCUAGUUAUACAUCGAUGAGUACAGGUUCUACUAGAAAUCACUUUAAUCGUAGAUUCCCUGUUACUACAAACCAGACUAAAUCCUUGACAUAUGUCUUGUCAGAAAGUAUUGAUCUAACUUCAGAUGAUGAUGAAGCUCAAAAUAAGACAUGACAUAUAUUUAUUUAGAUGAUUAAUUGGACUACCAGUUCAGUUUAAUAUUUUAUAAUGUUCAGAUUGUAUGAAUUAUGCUUACCAUGAAGCAAGUUAUACAAUUUAAGACUGAUAGAUUGGAUUUUCCUUCAUUUUAUUUUUUCUAUGUAUAUUAUAUAAGUUACUUACCAGUUUAAACUGCUAUCUGCUACUAAAUGUAAUAGUUUUUACCCAAUUUUAAAUAUUUUAGUUAAUUACUAUGAGUGGAAUAAAAACUAUAAAACAUUGCCCAUAACUAUUCUAAAAUAACUAAGGAAGUAUGUUAUAUUGUUUAUAAUAUUUGAUUGUAUUUCUUUUUAAUUUAUUAUUUUGUG